AUGAGAAUCAAUCGAGGACUUAUUCAAAAGGCUGUUGCUUCCUUGAAGACUGGUGAUGAUUCCACAGUAACGUCUCUCUUGAAAGAUAUAACCGUAUCUGAUGUUAUGAGCAUUAAGAAACUUGCAGGUACGAAGAUUGCCCCUCAAAAGGAUUCGAACAAUGACAAAUACACACAACCAGUGUUCUUAGACUCCGGAAAUGUGGAUUCCGCUCAAAAUUCUACAGUCAGUGAAAGUAUAAACUUAAGUCAUGGCACAAAUCAAGAUCAACUAUUCCGCAAGGAGCUUACCAACAAUUCUCCUGUUUUGAGAGCAUUUCAAAGGGAAUCUUUGAUUAACGGGAGAGACUUACUAUCUUUAGUACUUAAGGGAAAUAAACGCGAUAUCGGUUUGAAGGAAAUUAUUAAGGGUCGUUUCUCUGGGCGAUUGGUUCCUACAGGUGACUAUUUCAUGCUUUUCAACGAUUUCAACAGCGCAAAGACAUACUUAUCAGAAGUGAAUAAGUACGACAGGCGGCUCAACGGAAACUUCAUUUCAUUCGAGUUUGUUCCCGAUGUUUCUCUCUUUCUCCGUUUCAUGUUUAGUCCCAUUCUUCCAGACAUGAAGUAUUUUCCUGAAUUGCUUACAUUGGCCUUUGAACAGACAGGAUUCAAGAAUGGCAAGGAAACUGCCGAGGAAAAAAAGAGAGCUGUCUCAACCUUUAAUGAUUAUUUAGUCAAAUCGAGGUUGACUUGUGUUCGUAUGUCCUUCGAUCCGUCGGCGACUGUCAUCAGAAACUUGAAUGAAAGCUUUCUUUUGAAAAAAGCUGCAGAUGAAAACAUAAAACUUGCUGCAAAGAGGUCAUUUAAGUUUAUAAACAGGUGGAACUGUGUGAUUUUUAGAAAUGUCCCACGCAAUAUGAAUCCUAGAGUCAUCAAGAAUUUUAUGUGGGAUUUGAAAUGGUAUGAAGUGGAGGAAUUGUGUAUUCGAAAGACCACGAAAGAUCUCAUGCAUGGUUUGGACACUUACGUUCUUGUUUUCGAAACCCGCAAGGAUGCACUUAAGUGUGUGAACAAAUGUAACAAUCAGCAUUUGCUUUAUAAUGAUCAACUUCCGAUAGUGGAAGCCGAGCUUUUAGAUGAUAUUCUCUGA